CUCUCACAGAUAUCGAACAGCUGUUAUCUUCACUCUUUGGUUUCAUCGAGAGCAGCUUCCAUCUUUCUUUCUCUAGUGGAUCCCCCCCAAUUCUCUCUCUCCCUCACACGCACACGCACUGAGAUUGUUUCCGUUCGGCGGAGCAAUGGCGACAUCGUUUGGACCAGCGGCCGCAUCGGCGGCGGCCUCCGUGACGGAGAAUGCGCGAAAAUCGACGGCCUCUUUACCGCUCUGCCAUCGCCAUUUCUCCAAUUCCGUCUCAUUCCGUCUAACUCCGAGGCCAAAGCUCCGCUUCUCGUCCAAGGGUGUGCAGUCUGGCUGGAAUUGUUCUCUUGUAAAAGGUCAAUUGAAUAAGGUUUCUCUGGGUGGAUCUUUAAAAGCUGCAGCCUCCACUUCACCAGCUGGAGCCAAAGAUGUCGAUGUAUCUGAGGAAUCUAAACAGACUGCUUUGGCAUCUGAAGAAACCAUAAGCGAAUUUGUUAGUCAAGUUGCCAGUCUAGUCAAGUUGGUUGAUUCUAAAGAUAUUGUUGAACUACAGCUGAAACAACUUGAUUGUGAGGUCUUAAUACGUAAAAAGGAGGCCUUACCUCCACCUCCUUCUCCUCCAGUGACCUAUUAUCAAUCACAGCCUCAGCCUGCAGCACUGCCUCCAGUUUCAGCACCUUCUCCAUUGCCGGCUGCUGCAGCUUCUACUCCAGCACCUUCACCACCCAAAGCUCAGCCGCCUAAAUCAUCUCACCCACCUCUGAAAAGCCCCAUGGCAGGAACCUUCUACCGAAGUCCAGCACCUGGUGAACCUCCAUUUGUCAAGGUUGGAGAUAAGGUAAACAAGGGCCAGGUUCUAUGCAUUAUUGAGGCCAUGAAGCUGAUGAAUGAUAUUGAAGCUGAUCAAUCUGGCACAAUAGUUGAGGUUGUUGUAGAAGAUGCUAAGCCAGUCAGCGUCGACACUCCUUUGUUCGUGAUCGAACCUUAGAGCUCAUGAUGCCAAAAGGCUCUGCACGGGCAUAGCAAGAGUGUUUCACUUCAUGAAAAGUCGAGAGGGCACAAGAAUGGGAUUAAUUUAAUUUUGCUUGAUUUUGUUUUUGCAUGAGACUAGCUAGAACAACUUGUUUAUUCAUCAGGAUUAAUUUAAUUUAAUUGAACAUUUUAGUUGGGAUUGUGUGUUUAUGAUUGUGAGGGAGUAUGUGGUUUUUGUGCUUUGAAGUACAAAGUUUACCAACUCUCUUGUGUUCUUUGUAUUUUAUGCAUUUGAAGUACAAAGUUUAGCAA